UUGGCGUAAAAUUAGAAAUUUAGACCUACAAAACCUAAUUUGAAGAACGGACAAGACAACGGGAAGCGCAGUCGCCGGCGGCCCACCCGACUGUGCUACGUUGUGUUUUCAAAGGCAAAUCGCUUACUCGGUAUCUAUUUCUUUCUUUCCAAUUCUCGCUCUAUGGACGGCGAACCGUUAUCGAGUUUGCCGCUGCCGGAUGCAUUUAUCGAUUUUCUCAACGAGAAUGGGCUGGACCCUUCAAUCUAUGCGGCGAGCGAUCUGACUCCUCGUUACGUGAGGUUGAAGCCUGGUUGUGAAGCGUAUAUUGAAGAGAUUGAAGUCGAUAUCGAGUGUAAGCUCGAGAAGGUGGAUUGGUUGCCAAACUUUUAUUCUCUGCCACCCCAUGUCCAAAUUGCUAAUUCCAAGGCAUAUCGUCAAGGAAUGAUAUAUGGAAUUGAUGCGGCAUCUGGAGCUGCUGUUUCAGCUUUGAAUAUUUCAUCAGGAGAUCAUAUCCUUGAUCUUUGUGCUGCUCCUGGUGCUAAACUUUGUAUGAUAUUGGACCUUCUUGGGAAUUCGGGCUUGGUGACUGGUGUUGAUGUUGCAAGGCAUCGAUUGGCAGCUUGUAGAACUAUGUUGCAAAAAUAUAGUCUUGCUGAUCAUUGUCGGCUCUUUGUUGCUGAUGGAACAACAUUUUCCCUACCUCCCAUCAGGGCCUAUCCAGAUUCUAAAUCAUAUGGACAUACUUCUGAAGAAAAGGUGUACAUAUACAAGGAGUGGACAUCUAGGAGACCAUGGAAAGAAAGGAAAAGGGCCGCUAAAGCAGCUGUUUCUUCACAAUUUGCCUUGCCAAACCAAGAUCCAGAGCUUAUAUUUUAUGGUCGGAAUUCUGGAGUAGUGGGGCUUAGUAAAAGUGAACUGUAUCAGAGUUUCCACGGUAGUGAGCUUUUGUACUGUGGGUAUGACAAGGUCCUAGUCGAUGCAGAGUGCACACAUGACGGGUCAAUUAGACACAUCCAGAAGUUUGAACAUUGGGGCUGGACAACUCUCCAGCGUCGAGUUUUGGAUGCAGAGAGAACUGAUGAUUUGGCUGUCCUUCAGCGCCAACUUUUAACCAAUGGUUUUAGAUUGCUCAAAGUUGGGGGAUCUCUUGUUUAUAGCACUUGCAGCUUAACUGUUGCUCAAAAUGAAGAUGUGGUAGCGAAGUUCCUUUCAGAAAACGCUUCUGCUGAGUUACAGGAGAUAGAUGCUGCAAAAACUUGGCCUUGCAGAAGUGGAAGAAUACCAAAGUCCUUGCGCUUUGAUCCCAUAACAUCCAAAACAAGUGGGCUUUUUGUUGUAAAAUUCACAAAAUUGGCCAUUUAAUCUAGGGGUUACUUCUUGUUUAUUAUUGAUUUGGAUAGAAGUUGAUGUUAACCAUAUGCUAAUAAUUAGUUAUUGCCAAUUAACUAUAAUUUCAUUUUGAUGUUUGAUUCUACUUCCUAUUUGAUAUUCUACCGGGCUGCACUGAUUUAGCCUUUAACCGCAGAUGA